UAAAUCAAAGGCAGCUGUAAACAAUGUUUCAGUAUCUUUGCCGUUUUAGAAGUUAUUUUCCAGAUGAGUGGAAAAAGGCUUGGGAAUGUUUAAGACUCGUCUUAAACGUACUGUGUAUCAACAGAGGAGCUGGUAACCACAAGAUCUGCAGUUUGUUAAUAGUGAAGUGGAACAUCGAUAUCUCUAGUCUAGAGGGUGAUUUUUCAGAGAUUUUUAGCUUGGUAAAAAAAAAAUAACUAUGAACAAAAUUAUAAAGAAAUAAAGAGUGUUACAACUGGUUAUGAAAUUAAUAAAUGAAAGGAACAGAUAAUGCCUUUUUUUUUUUAAAAUAAUCUGACGCGCCUUUAAGAGCGCGCUGCGCGUUCUCGGCAUCGUCUGGGCGAGCGCGCCUCCAUCAGAGACAAUCCGCUGUAUCUUCCGUGGGCCACAUAAGCAAGGAUAACAGCGAUAAGAUGUCAGGAACGAAGCAGCUGGUUGCAACAUGCUGGACCUGCCUGCUGCUCUCCGCUUUCCUGUGCGAGCCUGCGCUCUGCAAAGGAGGUCGCGGGGGCUCUCGGGGCUCCUCCCGCGGAUCCCCCGCGCGCAGCUCCACAGCGGGGACCUACCGGGGAGGCGGAGCCUACGGCGGCACGCGCUCUCGGUUCAGGGUCGCUGGCCGGACGUCCCCGGUGAGGGUGGCGAGCGCUGCAGCGGCCGGAGCCGCGGUGGCCUUAUCGGCAGACAAAUGGUACGCGUCCGCCUACCGCCGCAGCAACACGGACAGCUCGGAGGAGGAGCUGGAUUACUACAACAGGACCAAUUACUUUGAUGCAUUAAUGUCGAGCUCCACUCAGAACGGAUCCUUUCUCCCUAAUGCUGUCAAUGUUAUUAUUGCAACAUUUUGCGCAAAGUAUGGACUCGCGUUGGACUUUAUACAGUAGAUACACUUCCGUCAUUUUAAGAUACAUUUCUGAUCUUAAGCCCAGAUUAGAAGGACUGCCACAAAUACAUUAUUGUGCUGUAUGUAUUUACAGUGAUUUUAUACUAGUGGACACAACAUUACCAGCAUAGUAUUCCCUCACUGUUUACCUUAUAAACAUAUGCACCAUGCAAAAUGCUAUGUCUGAAAAACACAAAGAGCCAAAUUCAACUGUUUUCAUACAGUUGUAACUAUACUGCCAAUAUUUUUUACAAAUGUAAAUUUUUAUUGCAAAGCUCUCUGCACCUCGCCAACAGAUUUAUGGGUCGUUUAAGCAGACUUUGAUCCAAUAAUUGUUGGCACAUGAACAGCAGACCGAGAUCAAGUUGGAACCAACAUAAUUGUGUCUGAAAUUAAAGCUGCUAAUCUUUUCUCGAGCUCAGAUCAAACUUUUGGACUUUUAAUAUUUAUUGCUUUCAUGCACAAACAUAAUUUUCCCACAACGUUUUGGUUCAUGUUCUUAUUAUCUUAUGUCCUAGAUAAGCAUUUUCCCCAAUUUCCUUUUUCCAUGUUCUUUUAUAGCAUCUUGGGUUUUGAGAUCUGUCACAAACAUCAAGCAGAUGUCUUGCUCUUUAUAGUUACUCCUUCAUCUUGUUUUCUUCUUGUGUUCAUACUCCCAAAGGGUCUCUCUCAGGAGCAACAGACUGUUUCAUAGCUAUAAGUGCACUCAAUUAUACUCUGCAACUCUUGUGUACAUAUUAAAUAAACGGUUUGUAAUCACUGUCUCUCUGCUAAUAAAUAAACAAACUGUUUUAAUCAUAUUAA